GCUUACGUCAUUCCGCUUCCGGCGUCUCGCGGAGUUCCGUCAUGGCCUCCAAGACAGCGAAUCGUACCCCUCCGAGGUCUCGUCGGGAGCCGGCGGGGCGCCCCCCGGGACGGGACAAGUACUCGGUGCUGUUGCCCACCUACAACGAGCGCGAGAACCUGCCGCUCAUCGUGUGGCUGCUGGUGAAAAGCUUCUCCGAGAGUGGAAUCGACUAUGAAAUUAUAAUCAUAGAUGAUGGGAGCCCAGAUGGGACAAGAGAGGUUGCUGAACAGUUGGAGAAGAUCUAUGGAUCAGACAAAAUUCUUCUAAGACCACGGGAGAAAAAGUUGGGACUAGGAACUGCAUAUAUACAUGGAAUGAAACAUGCCACAGGAAACUAUAUAAUUAUUAUGGAUGCUGAUCUCUCACACCAUCCAAAAUUUAUUCCUGAAUUCAUUAGGAAGCAAAAGGAAGGUAAUUUUGACAUUGUCUCUGGAACUCGCUACAAAGGAAAUGGAGGUGUUUAUGGCUGGGAUUUGAAAAGAAAAUUAAUCAGCCGUGGGGCCAAUUUUGUAACUCAGAUUUUGCUGAGACCAGGAGCAUCUGAUUUAACAGGAAGUUUCAGGUUAUAUCGAAAAGAAGUUCUACAGAAAUUAAUAGAAAAAUGUGUUUCUAAAGGCUACGUUUUCCAGAUGGAAAUGAUUGUUCGAGCAAGACAGUUGCAUUAUACUAUUGGCGAGAUCCUACCAGAAAUGAAUACCAGAGUAUUAAACCAUUGGUGCCAUUUUGAACAUUGCCUAUUCCCAUAGUUCAGCGGUUCUCAACCUGUGGGUCGCAACCCCUUUGGGGGUCGAACGACCCUUUCACAGGGGUCACCUAAGACCAUUGGAAAACACAUAUAUAAUUACAUAUUGUUUUUGUGAUUAAUCACUAUGCUUUAAUUAUGUUCAAUUUGUAACAAUGAAAAUACAUCCUGCAUAUCAGAUAUUUAUAUUACUAGAGGCCCGGUGCAUGAAAUUCAUGCACGGGAGGGGAGGUGUCCCUCAGCCCGGACUGCACCCUCUCCAAUUCAGGACCCCUUGAGGGAUGUCCGACUUGCAAUCCGGGACCACUGGCUCCUAACCACUCACCUGCCUGCCUGACUGAUCGCCCCUAACCACCUCUGCCUGCCUGCCUGAUCACCCCUAACCGCCUCUGCCUCAGCCCUCGCCACAGUGGCUUUGUCUGGAAGGACAUCCGGAAGCUGUCUGGUCUAUCAGUCUAAUUAGCAUAUUACCCUUUUAUUAGUAUAGAUGUUUCAUAACAGUAGCAAAAUUACAGUUAUGAAAUAGCAACGGAAAUAAUUUUAUGGUUGGGGGUCACCACAACAUGAGGAACUGCAUUAGGAAGGUUGAGAACCACUGCCAUAGUUGAAUCCAUAGGGGACAUUCCAGUAAGGGUCUCUACUGUUGCAUUUCCCUUUUACACAGAGCUGUGCAGGGCGCACCAGGGAUCCACCUUCCUCAGGACUUCUCUCAUCAUUAAUUACUAGAAAAAUCAUCACUGUUUUAUGUAAAAUUGCUUUUAAGCUAACAUAAAGAAAUACAAUAUCCUUUUUAAAAGUAUUUAGAAUCUGUUUUCAUUCAUCCAAACCCAAAGUUGUUUUCAUUGUCAAGGAUCUGGAGCAGAGAUGAACUAAGUACCUCAGAGAACCCACUAGAAGUAAUGCCUUCUCAGACCUCCACUAGAGUAGAUACCUUUUGCCUUUUUAAUCUUUUCACUUUUUAUUCCCACAAUCAUUACAACAUUAUGACUUAUUGAAGUUUACACUAAAGUAUUUGAGCAGUGAAGACUUUCACCAUUUGGAAGUUAUUAGAAAAGAAUCUGGACUAUUUAGAUACAUUUUUGUACUAAAUGUAGUGACUUAAAACACUAAAAUCAUUUACAUGUGAAUCCAGCAUCCCUUUUUACUUUGUGAAUGAGGCCAAGGAUGAAAUCCAGAUGUUCUUCCUUAGUAUUAUCACUAUGAAAUAUAAGUAUAUCUAAGGAAAGCUAAACUUAAUAUUAAAAAAUUUGCUUAUUUCAUAUUCA